UGAAGGAUGGACCAGUGAAAAUCAUGAUAUUGAUGAAUUUAUCAAGAAUACGAUUUAUGAUGAAGCAUUAAAUUAUUAUGGUAAUUAUUAUCCAGAAUUUCUUGAAUGGGUAUCAUUUGAUAGAUUUGAAGAUAUAAAGAAAAUUGGCGAAGGCGGAUUUGCCAAAGUGUAUUCCGCAACAUGGAUUGAUGGUCGGGCAAAAUAUAAAAGACAAGAUGAUGAGGGUUGGAAAAAAUUAGAUCCCGAACCUAUGAAAGUUGCUUUGAAAAAUUUGAAUGGAUCGCAGAGUAUGUCAGCUGAAUAUUUAAAUGAGCUUCAAACGCAUUGGAAUUUAAAUAAAUCGCUGAAAUCAUCAUUAAAAUUUUAUGGAAUGACUAAAGAUCCAGCAACUAAAGAAUUCAUGAUGAUUUUACAAUUUGCAGAAAAAGGAAAUUUGAAAUGUUUUCUUUCAAGUAAUUUCAGCAACUUUUUAUGGAAAGAUAAAAUUGUUUAUUUAUGUGGAUUAGCAGAUGACCUCAAUAGUUUGCAUAAAUUAGGUUUUUUUUAUAGAGACCUCCAUAGUGGAAAUAUAUUACAAAAUAUUAGUGGAGGAGCUUUUGUUUCAGAUUUUGGACUAUCUGGGUCACCAAAUGAACAAAAAUCAUGUAAUAAAAUACGUGGAGUAUUACCAUAUAUUGCUCCAGAAGUUUUGAAUGAAGAACCAUAUACAUUAUCCUCUGAUAUUUACAGUUUUUGGUGUAAUUAUGGCUGAAUUAUCAUCUGGAAAAUCACCGUUUCAUAAAAGAAAACAUGAUGCUACCUUAGCAUUAGAAAUAUGUAAUGGACUCAGGCCAGAAUUUGGAAAAGGAACUCCUGAAAUUUAUAAAAAAUUAGCUUAUAGAUGUAUG